CUAGCCAACGUCGCCUACAAGUGUGAUCGGGAUUUCUAUUGGAGAAGCAGUUUUAGCCUAUCUUUAUAUUGUACUGGAUUUGGUAUUAUAGCUGCCUCACGUAUCUGCGCCACAGGUGUUCAGUGAUGUGCGAGGGUCCCUCCAUGAUAUCUGGGCCCAUACCCCCAGAUCCCUCCCUUUUUCCCGAAUACUACAAACGUCCUGCCUCUGCCAGGGGUCGUCUGGAGGGGAACGCUCAUGGGACUCCAGCCCUUCUCUCUGGUCCCCUGGCACCAGACCCUGUGUUGUACCCAGGCUGCUACAGCUCCCGUGCCCCCCGGCACCCCCGCAUCGGCCCUAACGCCACACACAUUCUGGAGAAGGGCCAGAGAGGGGUGAUGGGGGCCUUGCUAAGACUGGAGGGGGUCUCCCUCAGUCCCAACCCCACUAAGCACAAGCAGCUGGUGCGUGACUACGGAAAGGAGAACGUGCGUCGGCUGAGGGAGAUCCAGAGACGCUGCAGAGAGCAGGAGGCACAGAGGGAACACUCCCGUCCCGUCCCGGUCAAAGCCCUGUGGAGCUCCCCUAAAUACCAGGACAUCCCCUCCAGGGUCAUGGCCCAGCUACAGGAGACCAGCCCUCCUAUGAAGCCGGAGUGUCAGAACUUUUUGAAGGCACAUUCUAUCUGUGGCUCUGCUGGCCCCCCGAGACCAAAGCGUGCCCUCUCACCCUCCACAAGAACAAGCCGUGCCCCAUCGCCGUCCCCCUCACCUCGCUCAGCCUCCCAAAACCAUACAGGGAACCAGAGUUUACAGUUGCAGGUGCAGGGCAGGAUGGUGGACUUUGUGAGCCACAACGCGCAGGCUGCAGGGAAGACAGUCCUCCGUCGCUCCCAGUCAUUGACCAACCUGAGGAACAGUCAGCCCCUGCCCAGCGCCGUCAAGGGACAGGUGCCUCAGUACCUUGAGGAGCGGAAGGAGCAGUGGCGAAGGGAGGAGGAGGAGAAGAGGAGGAACAUUCCUGAUCCAUCCAUCCCAGCUGGUCACACCCUGAUGCCAGAGAGGGAGAGACAGGAGACCCUGGAGUCACUCAAAGAGACCCAUCGGUCUCUGGUGAGUGAGCUGCUGUCUCUUCCAGUCAGAGCCGACUCUCUGGGUGUCCGUUCCCGUCGUGCUCAGCUGGACCGCAGGCUCUCUGAGGUGGAGGAGGCCAUCAAGAUCUUCUCCAGGGACAAAGUCUACGUCAAGACAGACUCCUAACACAAGAGGAGGCCUGCCUGGAUCUUAUUCACUAGGCAAGAUCGUGGGAGAAAACAUUCUGAAAGCCUGGGAGACACUAUUUGAACUUGUCCUAUGAAGGCUAUUUUUAUUUUUUGUUCUCUCCUUUACGUGCCUACUGAAAGUGAUCCUGCAGUCUAAGAGGCUGCUGGGAAAUAGCCUAGACUCUAGAGCUAUUAUUAAUGUAAUUUAUAAAGAGGGAGAUUGUAAAAUGAAGUGAUUUAUUUAUCCUGUGACACUAAGCAGGAUGCAUUCACUAGCGCUUGACUUCCAAUGGCCUACUACUGAAUGUAUUAUAAUAACAUUUAUUGUAUAUAGCGCUUUACAUUACAAACAAGAAUCUCAAAGUUGCUUUGAAAAUAAAAACAAAUGUAGGGAUCUGACAGUUCAUGGUUGAUGGUCUUUCACAGCUUCAGAUGUAGAGGCAUUUGGGAAAGGCAGUCAGUAGCAGUAGCUUGAGCAGAGGGAGCAUCGAUGAUACAGACAGGCAGGGAGAAAACUUCAGUCAGAUACUUUUCUUAGGAGGGCAAUUAGGCAGCCCUACUGUAAACCAAGCACUUCUGUUGGCAGAGAAUGUACUUCACUGUAGUGGUGUGUGUGUAAUGCCAAUUUUAGCUGACUCAGAAUCAUAUAAACUUGGAACUGGCUGAAAUGUGAUGUCCAAACUGGGUUGAUUGUCUUGUUUUUGUCAUUUUGUGUGUCAUUAAACUUUGAGGGUGUUUUUAUA